ACAACAGCCAGAGCUAACAGCUGAUAUAUUCAGAACAAAUUAUGACAUCGACAUCUAAAGGAAUUUUCCGGCCAUUUUUUAUUAUCUUCAUUGUCCUUGGUUGUUUCAUGGCAUUUAUACUAAUUUACAUCAAACCAACAAACAGCUGGAUCUCUGGUCCUAUCGAAUCAGCCAGUUCAGUUCUGAAAAUGAAGAGCUUCUUUUCUUCCAAAACUGAUAAUUUUAAUGAGACUACUAUUUUGAUCUGGGUUUGGCCUUUCGGUCAGACAUUCGAUCUCACGUCCUGCCAGACAAUGUUCAACAUCCACGGGUGCCAUCUGACUAUUGACCGCUCCCUAUAUAACAAAUCCCACGCUGUUCUCAUUCAUCACAGGGACAUUAGCUGGGAUCUGACUAAUUUACCUCAGCAAGCCAGGCCACCAUUCCAGAAGUGGAUUUGGAUGAAUUUGGAGUCUCCGACUCACACUCCUCAAAAGAGUGGCAUAGAACACCUCUUCAACCUGACCCUGACUUACCGGCGCGAUUCAGAUAUUCAGGUACCUUACGGCUUCAUGAUGGUUGGUACGAGCUCCUUUACAUUUGAAGUGCCAAGUAAGGAAAACUUGGUCUGUUGGGUUGUAAGUAAUUGGAACCCUGAGCACGCUCGAGUCAAGUAUUACAAUGAGCUUAGCAAAUACGUUGAAAUCCACACCUACGGACAAGCCUUUGGAGACUACGUCAACGAUAAAAACUUGAUCCCGACUAUCUCCACUUGCAAGUUCUACCUUUCGUUUGAAAAUUCAAUCCACAAAGAUUACAUUACUGAGAAACUUUACAAUGCUCUCCUGGCUGGAUCAGUACCAGUUGUACUGGGGCCUUCCAGAGAAAACUAUGAGAAUUACAUUCCAGCAGACUCUUUCAUCCACGUGGAAGAUUUUCUCUCCCCUCGAGAGCUGGCAGAAUAUCUUCUGAUGCUUGACAAAAAUAACAAGAUGUACCUUAGUUAUUUCAACUGGAAGAAAGAUUUCUCGGUGCAUCUUCCUAGGUUCUGGGAAUCACACGCGUGUCUCGCUUGUGAUCACGUGAAAAGACACCAGGAAUACAAGUCCAUUGGAAACUUAGAAAAAUGGUUUUGGAAUUAAUUUGGUGUGUGUGUGUGUGUGUCUGUAUGGGUGUGCACUUUUCUGAAGAAGUCAGAAGAAACUUCAGUCCAAGUGGAGAGGAAACAAAAAACCCAGAAGGAAAAGAGAACCUUAUGUCAUGGUGUAUCAGCCACCCUCUCUUGGCUGUCCUAUUUAUAUUUUGUAAGAGGUUUUAAAAGGUCAGCAGCAACAGUCAUCAAUACCUAGUUUUAAAUUAUAAUGUACAUACUAAUUAUGUGCACUGAAGGAUAUUUGAUUGUUUAUUCUCAUUUUUAAACAGUUUUUUUCCACAUUUUCUCUGAAACAUGUCCCAGUCUUACACUUAAAUUAGUUCUAACACUUCUUCUUUCAUUUUUAACAUUGAAUUUGUCAUUUAACCUGUGUGGAAAAGGAGGACUCAACUUUUAAAUGCCAUAGAGAACUUUAAGAACAUCAUUUGCUGUCCCAGUCUGAAAUGUGUGUAAUAUUUCAAAAGACAGUAGAGAUUUUUAUGGUUCAUCUUGCAUUUUAAGAGCACAGUAAAGUUCAAUACCUACCAUUAUUCCAGUGAUCAACUGCGCUCCUUUUUAAGGGUCAUGAACCUGAAAAUAUAGUUUUUAAAAGAUAUUAUAAUAGUAGAAACUCUUUGUUUCUAAGAAUGUUAUCUAACAAACAGCUCAAUUAUGGUGGAUUAGGAAUGUCUGCUCUUACCCUCUGAAGAAUAUGAACAACCUUAGUGACCAAAGCCCAGAUUCAUCCAGUUUUUUAUAUGUAUUAAAUGCAGUAUUUCCUAAAGUUUCAUUCUUUCUCAAGUAUUGUUUACUUGAACCAGGGCUGUAAGCGGUGUUAUACUGAUAUAGAGAUAAACAAGAGCCACCUCAAUACGUUCCUGUGUGACUUGAUCUAGGUGGACCUGCUUGAACAGAGAGGUUGGCCUAGAUCUCUACAGGUCCCUUGCAACCCCUGCCAUUCUGUGAUUCUGUGAUAAACAGAUUUUAACAGUAGGUGUUUGAUUACAACAGCCUCAUGCACUGAAUUCAGCUGCUAAUAAUGGAAUUUUUAAAAUAGCUUGUUGUGAAAUUUUAGCAAUUUCUCUCAUAUAAUUGCUUGAAUAAUCAGGAAUUUGUCCUCAAUUAUGUAAAAAUCUGUCUAAAUGUAGCUGCACAACUUGCUGUUAUGAAUCAUGGAUGUGGGGGAAAAAAAAUGACCAGUUUAUUUUCUGAAAGAAACAUGAAAGACAUUGGCCCAGGCUGCCCAGGAAGGUUGUGCUCCUUCUUUGGAGGCCUUCAAGACCUUCCUGGACAUGUUCCUAUGUGACCUGAUCUAGGUGAACCUGCUUCUGCAGGGGGGGGUUGGACUAGAUGAUCUCUAAAAGUCCCUUCCGACUCCUAACAUUCUGUGAUUCUGUGUGAUUCUGUGAUGCUGAAAUUCAGUAAACAAGUUACCAGGUUGACAUAUUCAACCAUUCAACUCAUUAAGUUAAUGAAUUCUGGUUUUUGAAAAUA